UAAUAUUUUUCGGUGUUAGCCUUUGGACCCUCCUCAUCCACCCCGUAAAUGUAUCCGUGCGCGCCAUGACCGCUAACUUUGUGUACAUCCCGCCGCAGCGACAGAAUUGUAGGGAUUCAACAGUGCAACAGUGUGUUCUAACGUAUAGUCCAGGGAACAAUCACCUUGACUGUAGGGGGGACCCUUCAUUUCCAGCAGGUUCAGGUGGGUAAAAUGUCACCAUAAAAAAAAACCCCGCCAAUUGAUGAGGGCUACACCUAAUUACCCAGCUCCACACGGCACGAUGGCGGAAACCUGUUAUUAGGUCAAAUGGUCGCUACGACCCGCAUCUCAGGCUUCUACUGAUCGGCGAAACAUUCGCCUUUGCAAUGGGGGCCCGGAAUAUGCCCAACUCGCAAUACCGGUACUCGGGUAUCAGCAAAUGUAAUCCCGAAAGACACCAACCAUGUCGACGCUAACUGAGUAGUGCUGAGCCGCAGCCCAACAGGACAAUGGACAUCCAUGCAACUCGAUGAGUAGCACUGGGCAGCCUACAUCCAUGAGCAGCACGUCCAUGAGGCAACAGUACUCGUCAGCCUACAUCCACGAGGGGAACGGAAGCAGGGAGGGGUGCCUGGCAACGUCAAGGGGACGUCACUCUUAGCCUCAUCACCGCCUAUUGAAAUGAUGAUAAAUCUUCGAAUUAGCCAGCACUAAUUUUCCCCGUCAUUGGAUCAGCAGGUACGCCUUGUGCCAGGAUCAGUGAGACACGUGUAUCGUACCGGAUCAUCCACCCAUUUACUACGUGUACUGCUUCGGAAUCACCCGUCCAUUUAUCGCGUGUCCGGAGUGGGAAUCACCUGCCAACCACGUGUACACCGAGGGAAUUAUCUACCCAAUACGUGUACGGCGUCGCAAUCACCUACCCACCCCCGUGGGAAUUACCUACCACCCACCGCGUGGGAAUCAACCCAUCAUGUGUACAGCGGGAGAGGACCUCCAUUGCCUGAUGUCUCUCUUGUAAACUUUAUGACGACCAGCUAUGACGUUCAACCCUACCUACACUUAUAAACCUGAGGGUAUAAGUUAUCCUCGCUUGGACAAUGACCAUCAAGAGCCACCAUGGGGUAAAAGCUCUACCCUACCAGGUAAGCUCUCCCAGCCACCCUCACUGGUACAAGGCGACUUGACAGACAUUAGUGUGGGGGCCUACGGUAUGAGCAAUGACAAACCGAACCUCAAGACUGGUACAUACGAAACAAAAAUUCCGGAAUAUCCCACUGCCAAGGAGAACCGAAACAGAUGGAAGAAGAACUGGAGAUUUAUAAUACCGAUAUGCCUUGUGGUCGGCGUCGUCAUCGGGGUGGUCAUAUUUGCAGCCAUUUUUUUCACCAAAUCAAGCUAUCUGGGAAACGAUAUGCUAAUGGAACUGCACGGGAGGAUGGUGCUGUUAGAAGAUUGGUCCCCGACCCUGAACGAUUCUACCUCAGCGGAUUACAGAGAGACAGUGUCCCGGAUAGAACAAGAGCUUGAAUCUUCAUUAAAGAACGACAAGCUGUCACUGUCAUAUGAAGCUGUGAAAGUUAUAAACUUACGGUCCGGGAGUAUUAUCGUGGAUUUCAUAAUAGUAAUAACUCUGCCUUCUGACGCCAAGACAGAGGAAAACGGAGAUGUUAUGGUAACUGUGGAAGGUGCAGACGCUAAACAGAAAGUGACGGCUGUGAUCAAAGACUCUAUCAAAAACACCGCCAAUCUGAACAUCGACACAGAUUCUGUCUCCAUUACUGUUUCCGUGACACACAACCCUUCUCCAUCAUCUACCACAGCAGGUCCACCGAAUGGAAAGAUCACAAAAGCGCCUUCAGUCACGGCUCACUCUACAACAGGCCAUGGACACCCGACUCCCGAGACGACCAAGAAUACAAGGCCUCCGAUCAGACCUACUGAUUCGAGCAGCAUGAGUUCAUUAUCAUCUCUAACAACCAAAUCUUCAGGCGACGUCGAUGGGAGAUCCCCGAACUGUACAUUUGAGGACGGUGACUGUGGGUACAGCAUCGUUCGUCCAGUCCAUGAAGGCGGAUCACAGUGGGUGUGGUAUGGUACGGAAGGGAAUAGUUCGGACACAGCACUCCCCAACGCAGACCACACCACGAACGCGGAGGGAGGCUAUUCGAAUUCGACUAAGUGA